AUGCCGGUGUCAAAUCGAAGUGUACUGAAUUUGCAAAAGGAUGCUCAGGAUUCAUCUGCCGGUAAAAGUAAAUCUCCCUCACCGUCGACAUCAAGAAGAUCACCUCGUAGUAGUGGGAAUCAGUUAAAAAUUACUUCAAUGUUUGCCACCAAAAGGACACAAAGUCCAGAAGGAUCUGGAAUGUGUAAACCAAAAAAACGAAAAUAUGAUGAUUCUAAAGAGAGCAGUACGGAUAGUAUUACUGAUGAAGAUUAUAUUCGUAUCUCCUCUAUAGAAACCGACUCUGCUAGUGAAACCUCUGAUUUGAAUAGAAUGUAUGAACCAAUGAAUAACAAUAAUAACAACAAUAACAAUAACGACUUAAAGAAAGGAGACCAUACAAAUUCCAGUGAUGAAAUUGAAGGAGAACUAAAAAUGGAUGAAAAUAUAGGAAGUAAACACCAACUAGAUAUUGAAAUGGAUGAAUAUAUAGAAACUAAACACCAACUAGAUAUUGAAAUGGAUGAAAAUGAAAACAAUAAUGUUAUAGCGAAAACCAAACCAAUUGUUCUUGACAAUGAGAAAUGUGACACUUGUGGCCAAUUUCUUAAUAAUUCAGAUAUAAUUUUCUAUCAAGGACACCCACAGAAUUCAGUGGAAGAGUAUAUAGCAUUGACUAAUGAGAAACUUGUUUUAGCAUCAGGUGAAGAGGGUGAUAUAAUGGAAAGACCACAAACCAAUAUAACCAGUUUCUGUAUAUUUGACGAGCAAGGCCACCUGGUGCCAAUUGAUGGUGGUCUUGUUGAAAACGAUGUGUGUAUUUAUAUGUCAGGAUACUUGAAGUCAAUUUGCACAGAUUCUCCGGAAAUUGAUGAUGAAUCGGUCCCUGUGAAAGAUGUAGGUCCUAUUAUUGAAUGGUUCAUACAUGGCUUUGACGGUGGUGAGAAAAACUGUAUCACAUUAUCAACAGAAUUUGGAGAAUAUAAUUUAUUGAAACCAAGUGAACAAUACACACCUCUUAUGAACAACCUCUAUGAAAAGAUAUGGCUCAGCAAAAUAGUCAUAGAGUAUUUGGAGGAGUAUCAUUAUCUUCAACCUACAUAUGAGGAUUUACUAGAACUGAUCAGAGAGUGUACUAUCCCAGAUUUGAACGACAUGAGAAUUACUGAGGAAAUGCUUCACAAGCAUGCACAGUUUGUGUGCGACCAAGUAGUCAGCUUAGAAGCAGACGAAGAUGAUGAACCACCACUUAUAACUCUUCCGUGUAUGAGGGAGUUAAUUAAACUGAUGGGCAUAAAAUUCGGCAAGCGUAAAUUUCGCACUAAAAUCGAUUACAAAAAGAUUGACAAAAAAGCUUGGACUAAAGCUACUACCACACCUCUUGUACGGAAAACUUUUGAAAGCUUUUUCACUAACCAAUUAGAUAAAACAAAUCAUGAGUUAGUUUUAAGAAGAAAGAGAUGUGGAGUCUGUGAAGCUUGCCAGUUGCCUGAUUGCGGCGAAUGUAAUGCGUGUCGGGCAAUGGCUAAGUUCGGUGGACAUGGACGCACUAAAAAAGCUUGUGUGCGAAGAUUUUGUCCUAACAUGGCAGUAGAGCAGGCUGAAGAUUCUGAACCAGAUGAUGAGGACGACUAUCAACAAAUGGCUGAGAAGAAACAUCACGACAAGAUAGAGGAUGCAGUGCCUGUCAAGUUAACUGGGUCAAAUAACAGGAAAAUUAAAUGGCUUGGUGAACCCACCAAGGCAGACACUACCAAAGUCUACUACGAAAAAGUUGAAAUUGAUGGCUCUGAACUUUGCAAUGGUGACUUUGUAAUGGUGGAAACUUCUCAGUCAAAUAUUCCUGCUUUAGUUGCCAGAGUAGUGUACAUGUGGAGGGAAACAAUAAAUUCUCAAUCUGGAUAUUUCCAUGCAGAAGUGUUUAUAAGAGCAUCAGACACUGUCCUGGGUGAAGUGAGUGACCCCAGAGAAGUAUUUUUAGGAGAUAGAUGUUGCCACGGCGCUCCACUCUCAUCAAUACUGCGUAAAGCUAGUGUAGAAAAGGGAGAAAUUCCAGCUGAUUGGUUUAGAUUAGGUGGUAAGGAAAUUGAUGAUAAGCAUUUUGAGGAUGAUGGUAAAACAUAUUUUUACAAUAAAUAUUAUGAAAGAUUCACUGCACGAUUCGAGGAUUUACCUGCAGAUCCAACAUGUCCUAAUCCCCUGAGACAGCACAGAUUUUGUCCAUCAUGUGAAAGAAAAACUAAAAGGGAUGCUAAGAAUAUACCAAAAGUUUUUGGGAAAUUGUUGGAAAAAUCAAGUGUUGUUACUGAAUCUAAUAGAACAGAAUGGACACAUGUGACAUGGCAAGAUUAUGAUUACAAGAAAGGUUGUAGUGUUUUUCUUAAACCAGGAACAUUCAAACUAAAAAAUAGUUUCAAUAACAAUGCAAAUAACGUGAAACCAAAAUUAGAUAAAGUUGAUGAAGACAUAUAUCCCGAAUAUUACAGAAAGAGUGACAAUAAUUUACGUGGCUCAAAUAUAGACACGGGAGAACCAUUUUGUAUUGGUUAUAUUGCAGCUGUGACUGCCAUUGGAGAAGGACCUUUGAUUGUUCCACAAGAUAUUUAUUUAAAAGUCAAUGUCCUUUAUAGACCUGAAAAUACCACUAGUAGAUUUCCACAGCACGAAGACCUCAAUGUAGUCUACUGGAGUGACGAAAUUCGCGAUGUAUCUUUUUCUGCAGUUGUAGGAGUAUGUCAUGUAUUUUAUGAACAAAAUAUUCCUCUGCAUUGUUCACUCACGGAGUGGCUUGAGAAAGACCCAUGCAGGUUUUACUUUAGAAUGGCUUUUGACAAAUCUUCCGGUCAGUUUGUAGAUGUCCCACAUAAUGCUACGACUGUUGGACGCACAUCUGAUCGGAGCAAAGAUAAGGGUAAAGGUAAAGGAAAAUCUAGUAAGCCUGUGGAAAGCAACAAAAAUAAUGUUGAAACUUCCUCGGUGCGACCUUUAAGAACUCUUGACGUAUUUGCGGGAUGUGGUGGUCUUUCUGAAGGAUUACACCAGGCCGGAGUAGCAGAGUGCAGAUGGGCCAUUGAAAAUGUUGAAGCUGCUGCUCAUGCUUAUGGUCUUAACAAUAAGAACUGUAUCGUUUUUCACGAAGACUGUAAUGCUUUAUUAAAAGAAGCGAUGUCAGGGGCCACUCAUAGUACUAAUGGAUUACGCCUACCAAUGCAGGGCGAAGUAGAACUUUUAUGCGGCGGACCACCGUGUCAGGGCUUCUCGGGUAUGAAUAGAUUUAACUCCCGAGAGUACUCUAAUUUCAAAAACUCGCUAGUAGCGUCGUACCUAUCUUAUUGUGAUUAUUACAGGCCCAAAUAUUUUAUUCUUGAAAAUGUGCGAAAUUUUGUAGCUUUCAAAAAAGGCAUGGUUUUAAAACUGACAUUGAGGGCAUUACUCGAUAUGGGUUAUCAGUGCACAUUUGGAAUACUCCAGGCUGGCAACUAUGGUGUACCACAGACGAGAAGACGACUUAUUAUUUUAGCAGCAGCACCUGGGUAUAAACUUCCAUUCUAUCCUGAGCCAACGCACGUGUUUAGCAGACGUGCAUGUUCACUAACUACCACAAUAGACGGCAAACGUUUUGUUACUAACAUAAAUUGGGAUGAAUCCGCUCCUAGACGAACGUGUACCAUUCGAGAUGCUAUGAGCGACUUGCCACGAAUAUGCAAUGGUGCUAAUAAAAUAGAAAUAGAAUAUGGGUCCAUGCCAGAGAGCCAUUUCCAACGACUCAUCAGAAGUAAAAAUGAAAAUGCUAAACUACGAGAUCAUAUUUGCAAAAAUAUGGCUCCAUUAAUUCAAGCUAGGAUAUGUAGAGUACCAACUACGCCUGGGUCGGAUUGGAGAGAUCUACCUAACAUAUCAGUGGCUUUAUCAGAUGGAACUAAAUGCAAGGUGCUGCAGUAUAGAUACGAUGACAAGCGCAACGGGCGAUCGUCAAGCGGAGCGCUCCGUGGAGUGUGCGCGUGCGCGGCGGGCGGGACCUGCAGCCCCGCAGACAAACAAGAGAACACGCUCAUACCGUGGUGUCUGCCGCACACGGGCAAUCGACACAAUAACUGGGCGGGCCUCUACGGUCGUGUUUGUUGGGAUGGCUACUUUAGCACUACUGUGACAGAUCCUGAACCAAUGGGAAAGCAGGGGAGAGUACUCCAUCCUGAACAGAACCGCGUCGUAUCAGUUCGUGAAUGCGCCAGGUCGCAGGGCUUUCCUGAUACGUACAUAUUCGCUGGCUCAGUACAAGACAAACACCGACAGGUCGGGAAUGCUGUGCCACCUCCUUUGGGCGCUGCACUGGGUCGAGAGAUAAAGAGGGCAUUAGCUGCUAGUAUAUAG